AUGGCCGACGAAGCAGCUCGCGCUCACGCCGCUGAAGUGGCGCGCGCUCAAGAAGAAGGAAGAGAUCCACCUCCUCCUCCUCCUAACCCUGCUGGAGAUGUGAACGCACAACCCCAAGCUGGAGCACCUACAAUCGGAGACUAUGACUCUGCCGAUGCUUUCUUCAUGGAUAGAAACCCUAUCCAUCCACCACCACCUGCAAGGAAUGACUAUGAGAUCAAGCCUCAGAUCAUUGCAUUGGUUAGACAGAACCAAUUCAAUGGACUUCCAGCUGAGCACCCUCUUGAUCACAUAGAAAACUUUGAAGAAAUUUGCAGCACUACAAGAUCCAAUGGAGUCUCUGCUGACUACCUUAAGUGCAAGCUCUUUUCAUUCUCUCUUGGCGACAAAGCUUCAAGAUGGUUGAAGUCUCUGCCAGCUCACUCCAUCACCACUUGGGAUGAGUACAAGGCUGCAUUCAUCAACCACUUCUACACCAAACAGAGAUCAAUUUCUGUGAGAAACAAGAUCUCCACUUUCGCCAAGCCAACAAUGAAUCUUUCUAUGAGGCGCUAG